AUGGCAACAAACACAUCCCACCAAGAACCACGAGGCAGGCUCCGCGAUGUCAUACCAGAGGCGCAUCUGGGAUUCUGGCCACCUGGACCGAAGAAUGGCAUCACAGACGUGCCUGGUGUCCUUGCUCACACAAAGACCAUUCGCGGCGAGAGCGGGCAAGUCAAUACAGGAGUAACAACAAUCCUCCCUCGACGAGACUGGUUCCACAAGGCCUGCCAUGCCGGCGUUUUCCGUCUCAACGGCUCGGGAGAAAUGACUGGCACCCACUGGAUCGAAGAAAGUGGUCUCUUGCACACGCCCAUCAUCAUCACCAAUAGCUUUGCCGUGGGGCCUUGUUAUACAGGCAUCUACAAGUACGCCAUUGAGCAUUACGGAAAAGGCGAGGAGGGUGUUGAUUGGUUCCUCCUACCAGUGGUUGCAGAGACGUUUGACGGGCACAUGAAUGAUCUGAGACAGUUUGCCGUGGAGCCAGAUCACGUUGUGGAGGGCAUCACUAAUGCCUCCGAGGAGCCGAUUGCAGAGGGAAACGUGGGAGGCGGAACAGGCAUGUUGUGUCAAGGUUGGAAAGGUGGCACCGGCACCAGCAGCAGAGUCGUGGCUGGUGCAGACGAGAAGUCAUAUACAGUUGCGGCCCUUGUGCAAGCCAACUAUGGCCGACUCCAGCAUUUGCACAUCUCGGGUGUCCCCGUCGGAAGAAUCCUGCAAAAGAGAGCCGCAAAUGACAAGGCCGCCGCUGCCCACGACAAGGCGUACGACGAAGCCAAGGAUAAAAAGGACGGGUCCAUCAUCGUCAUCCUCGCGACAGACGCACCACUUCUUCCUGGCCAGCUCAAGCGCCUAGCCAAGCGAGCAACCAUGGGCCUUGCGCGUGUGGGGAGUUAUGCUCACAACCCCUCAGGAGACCUAUUUCUUGCGUUUUCCACAGCUGCCGAGAUUCCUGUACAGACAGUUACCGGUCAGCAUAGAGCCGUUGAUCCUUUCAAGCCGGGGGUGAUUGAUGUGGAGGCGACUGAUAACCAGACUAUCAACGGGCUAUUUGAAGCGGCGGCUGAUGCUACGGAGGAGGCUAUUUAUAACGCGCUUUGUAUGGCUGAGACUAUGACGGGAAAUAUGGGUCGCACGGUAGAGGCUCUGCCAUUGAAAGCUACGAGGGAGAUUAUAGUCAAGUUUAAAGAAGCGGAGGAUUCAUUCCUAUAG